AUGACCGCUCUCCCCCUCCCCCGUCCCCCGACGUCCCAAUCAGUCACCACCUCCCGGAAGGAAAACAAACCGGCCGAGACACAUCCCUCCACGUGCAGCGGGCGCCCUAAGGCUGCCAGGAGUCCUCGCGUGACUGGCGGCGGUGCCCGCACCUUGGAGGCGGCGGGCGGGCUGGGGUGCGGGAGACGCGCGCGCUCGCCCGGGGAUCAGGGCCCCUUGGUGUCUGCGCCCCCUCUGCCUCUUCCCGAGCACCGAUCGCCGCCUUCCCGCCCCGGGUGGGGCCGCGGGCGGCAGUGGCUCCGGGCUCUCGGCCGCUGCCUGGGAGCCAAAGGGUCAGCUUUAGUUUCACAACAAAGUCUCUUCGUCACUGAGAUCCGCCUGGAGGCCAAAGCGGCCGGGCAGCCCGGGCAGGGGCCGGAGCGCCGCCGCGGGUGCCGAAGGUGGGAAGAGAGCGCGCGAGGGGAGGGUGACCGGCGACAGGGUCCCCGGCGGCUGGACUUACUCGUGUCACAACUGCGGCGACGAGGGGCUGAGGAACCGGUUCUUCCAAAAACCAAACCGAAAAUGGGUAACGGAGAGGCCAGGGCAGCGCUAAGAGGGAUGAAGAUCCAGGCCACUGGCUUAGAUGGAGAUUUACUUCGGAGCAUCAGUGGGAGAAGACCAGACCAUGUGGGAAUAGCCAAAAGUCAAGCCAAUUCUUCAGCCACACGGGGAAUUCUUAGGCACAAUCAGUUACAAUGACAUCGAUGGAGGCUAAACACACGAUGCAUUUACCUGCCCUCAGUGCCGGUGGAAUUUGAUUACGAGUGAGACUGGGCGCCGGGGUGUGAAAGAAUGUAGAAAAUUAAACGUGAGCUACAAAUGCUGAUCAAACAAACCAUUUGCCUCGGAAAGAGGUAUUUACCAUUCAAGAAAUGUUGCGAAUGCGGCUGCAAGGGUCAAACGUGGAUGACUCAUUUGAUGUGGAAAUUGAGCUAGGAAGUUUGAGGAGAGAGAGAGAG